AUGUGCAACGAUUCAAUAUUCCGCUUGACAUUGACGCUGCUUUUGACGCUGCUGAUUCCAUUGAGCCCAGCGGUUGACGACAAUGAAUGGCCAACGAUGGGCAUUGAGCUGGAAGCGGAGCAUACGGCUUUGCUGCAGGGCAACCUGCUCCUACAGUUCGCGCAACAACACAAGCAAAUCCCACGCAUAACUUACUUCACCUGCCGCAAUCCGGUCAACAAUGAAAACGUUGGGUUGCGGAAACUGCGCUCUGCAUUUGAAGCAAAGAAUAUCAAGCUGAUUAAGCGUAUCUAUGGCGGCAGCAAUGUCAUUAAGAGUGGGACGGGACUCACUUUUCUGCGAGUCGUCUACCUCGAUGUGCUGCGGCAGCGUAGCACAAAGCGUGGCAGACCCAUGGUGGGAGGGGGGAGUGGCAGUCGUGCCACCUUUAGCCCGGCACUGAACAGAGCCGACUGGUUGAACAAUGUGCUGCAGUUGGAAGCCCAGCGUCAAAUUGUGGCCGUGGAUUUGGCAUGCGGCAUACUAAGUCGUCGCUUCUUGGAGCAGGCUUCCACCAAGAUGCUCUACAACGACAAGUAUCACUGGUUAUUGAUUGAGGAUUAUGCGCUGCAUAUGAGCGGAGCCCACCUGACGAACUCGACACCUGAUGGGCUUGAGCCUAUUGAAAGCUACAUGGAGGGCCUAAACCUCUACAUAAACACGGAACUGACAUUGGCCAAGCGUGUGCUUGAUGCUGCCAGCUACACGCUCUACGAUGUCUGGAACCCCGGAUUCACCUACGGCGGACGUGUCAAUAUGACGCACAUUGGUUACUUCACACUUCCGGAUGGCAUGCAACUGCAUCGUUGGUUUCGCAUGAAAGCAACGGUGGUGCGGCGCCUUAAUAUGCAGCACGCUAAAGUCCGGACCAUGAUCGUGAUCACAAACAAGAAUAUGAGCGGCUCGAUUAUGGACUAUGUGUCAAAUCCAAUAAGUCCGCACAUCGACACAAUGAACCGAUUUAACUUCAAUAUGCUUAUGGUGGUGCGUGACAUGUUUAACUGGACAUUUGUGCUGGCGCGCACCACAUCCUGGGGCUAUUUGAAGAACGGUCGCUUUGACGGCAUGAUUGGAGCGCUAAUACGCAAUGAGACAGAUAUUGGUGGCUCGCCGAUUUUCUACUGGCUGGAGCGACACAAGUUUGUCGACGUGGCUGGUCGCAGUUGGUCGAGUCGACCAUGUUUUAUCUUUCGACAUCCGCGGAAUACGCAAAAUCGUCGCAUUGUCUUCUUGCAGCCGUUCACCGACGAUGUCUGGAUCCUGAUUGUGGUCAGUGGUGCGCUGACUGUAUUCAUACUCUGGUUGCUAACCACAAUUGAAUGGAAGUUGCUGCCUCAUGAUGGCAUGGCCCUUAUCAAGCCCAAGGGCGGGGCACCACUAUCGCAUUAUCAGGCGCAGGAACUAAGAGAGGAGCGCCGUGUCAGUGCAUUGCCUGUUGAGACAAAUACUGUGUUUUCGCCUCGGCCCAUUACUGGUGGAUUCCUACGCCGUUGCUAUUUGCGCGCUCGUAACUAUUUCGAUGCUCGAGCAGCACGGCAGAAAUCACCCGAACGCGUGGGUCUCUUCCUGGAGUCUGUGCUCUUCUUUGUUGGCAUCAUUUGUCAGCAGGGCUUGGGGUUUUCUACACAAUUCAUUUCCGGUCGUACUAUUGUCAUAACCAGUCUGCUGUUCUCCUUCUGCAUCUAUCAGUUCUAUUCGGCCAGUAUUGUUGGAUCGUUACUCAUGGAGCGACCAAAGACAAUCAGAACGCUCCCGGAUUUGGUGCAGAGUUCCCUGAAAGUGGGCGUCGAGGACAUUCUUUAUACCCGGGACUACUUUUUAAAAACCAAAGAUCCCGUGUCCAUAGAAUUGUAUGCUAAGAAAAUCAUAAGAAUGCCAGCUGGCAAUAAUAACGAUCCAAGUGGCGAGCAAUCUGAGCAAUCUAAUGUUAACAUUAAUCAGUCCUAUCGCGAUAUUGUGCAUAGCCAUGAAACGGGUGCCCAUGCCAAGGUUGCCGAAGGUUCAAAUUGGCUGGAGCCGGACAUUGGCUUGCUUAAAGUGAGAACAGAACGUUUUGCUUUUCAUGUCGAUGUUGCUGCGGCCUAUAAAAUUAUUGCCGAAACGUUUUCCGAACGUGACAUAUGCGAUCUCACAGAGAUCAGCAUGAUUCCUCCGCAAAAAAUGGUCGUGAACAUGCAAAAAAACUCACCAAUGCGAAAGGUCAUUUCCUAUGGUUGGCGACGUGCUACUGAAUCUGGCAUUUUAAGCUACAAUAUCAAGGUGUGGCACUCACGGAAGCCGCCAUGCGUGAGAAAAAUCUCUACUUCUGAUUUGCAUGUGGAUAUGGAUACUGUGAGCUCUGCACUGUUAAUACUUAUAUUUACCUAUGCUAUUGCUGUGUUUAUUUUGGGCUUGGAGAUUCUCUAUAAGAAAUGGCAAUCGCGGCUCGUCAUCAAGUUGAACUGA